GUUUAUCGGUAGAGGUAGUCAGCCUGAAUGUUGGCAGCAAUCUCAGCCUCCCAUUUGUCUCCAUUGUUGAGCAAUUUCUCCUUGUUGUACAGCAGCUCUUCAUGAGUUUCUGUGGAGAACUCAAAAUUGGGUCCCUGAGAAAGGAAGGGACACGCAAAGGCAAAAGCAGAAAUGUUAACACAUGGAUUCUAGAUUGAGAAUACCACCUCAACCCUCUCUGAUUCUACUUCACCAUUCCCUUUAUCAUGAAUACAACAAACAGUACUGCACUACUGGAGGAGCUCAGGCCAUGGUCCAGGGCAGAGAAAUCCCUGCUUGUGGCUGUGCUAAGUGUUGAGAUGGUGCUAGGUAUUCUUGGAAACACUUUGGUUCUAAUUGUCAAAAUUGUGUGUAAAUAUCAUUUCCAGUGCGUCCACUGGCUUCCCCUGGUCAGCCUCACCCUCUCUGACCUCAGCUGCUCUGUUCUGAUCAUCUCUGGCUCGUUGCUGGCCACUCUCACUGGGGGCCAGAGGUCUCCAUGGUGUGAGGUGGUCAGUUUGUUCAAGUUCACCUUCAUGACUUCAUCCAUUGGAAGUAUCGCCAUCCUGUGUGUCCAAAGGUUCAUGGGCAUACGCUCAACAGGAAGUUGUUGGUCUGUCAUCAUGGUACUAGCAUGUUUCACCUCUUGGCUGUUUGGUGUGGUGUUCGGGAUUGUGCCAGUAAUAUAUGGCUGGAUCAAGUAUGACUCUGCUGAGAUGCUGUGUGCAGUCUUUUGGGAGAGCGUGUACUCUGACAUGCUUGUCUACAUCCUCUGUGCAUUCUCUGUCUGCGUCUUCCUCCCCUUUCUGCUGAUGUUGAUAUGCUCUCUCCUGUCUGCAGCUGGUUAUGGGAAACAUGGCAACAACCCAGAUGACCUCUCUUCUGUGGCACCUCUGCUGGUUGUUUUUUACCUGCUAUGCUACACCCCAUUUGCAGUCUCUGAGUUGAUACUGCUUGGAAGAUUGGACCUGUCCCCCUCACCUGAAUGGCUGCGGACAGUAUCGUCUGUGCUGGCUUACAUGGAUUGUGGUUUGAAUCCCAUCCUUUACUGUACCAAUCAAGACUUUCGGCAGGCACUGCUUGCUUUGCUGUGGACUAGUCGGAAGUUGAGCCUGUCUGAGCCUGAGCUGACAAGAAUUACAAAACUAGUGAUGGUGAAAAGUCAACCAGCAGAGAUAAUAACAAUUGCCCAAAUGAAGGUUCCUUCAUGAAAAAUGAAAAAAUCUUUGUCUGAAAAUAUUCCUUUAAUAUUGUUUUGUCCAAAAUAAAUGAACUG